CUCUGAAUCGAACCGUUCACCUGCUGGUUUGCUCAGUAGGUGGCGCUCUUGGUUUAAAAACGACGUGAGGUGGUUGAUGAUUGUUUCUCGAGGCCUCAUCGGCGCUAGUUUUCACAAAAUGUUGCUUUGUCUCAGUGAUUAUUGAACAAUACUUUCAUUCAUUGUCGGCUGGAUUUCAGCAAAGUUCAAAUCUCAAGAGGCGUUUGGGUCACGUGCUCCUUCGCAAGGAGCGUCAAUCAUUUUUUUUUUCUUUUCCAUCAGUUGAUUCUGUGGACGAAGGUCCCUGAUGCUCGUCUGAUUCUACAUGACGGUCCUCCGUGUUGUUUUGUUCCUUUUAACGAUGUCAGGCAGGUCGUCUGCCUCACUGGACAGAAGCAUCAUUUUUGCUGCUGUUCAAGGUCCAGUCACCGGGUCCGUUCCUAUCUUGAACGCCACAGAAGGAACCGGGUCGGAGUCCGGGUCAGGAGACGAGUAUGUCUACACUGAUGACGGUGAUGAUGAUGGUUAUGAUGAUGAUGACGGUGGUGAAGAAGAUGAUUCCAGUUACGGUCCCAUCAGAAUCCUGGGCCUCACGCUGGUGGCCAUUGCAAGCGUGGUUCUCUGCAGCACUCUGCUCACUGGACUCUUUCUCUCCCUUGUCUUCUUCUGGAGGCAUCAACUCGGCUUGGUGGAAGCCUUCAGAGACUUCACCGUCAUGAACAUCGAGGUAAAAUCAAAUUGCCGUUCAACUAUCAACGCAAAAAAUUCCACUCAUGGUCUUGGUGAUAUGGUGGCACCAAUGUUGAGAAAUGAAUAUCAAUUCAGGAUAUUAUACGUAUAUAUACGUUGGUACCUCGGUUCUCGACCACAGACGGCCAUUCGACAAGCGAUUUGUUCGAAAUCUGAAUGGAUUUUUCCUAUUACAAUGAAUGGAAAAAGAAAUAAUGCGUUCCAAGCCUUAAAACAGGCUUUUGUAGGAGUGAAUGUAGAGUGUCUGCUGCAGGUGCGCUGUUCCUCUAUGUGUGUGGCCGCUGCAUGUGGGAGGGGUUGCCGAGUGAGUGACGUCUCUCUCCAGAAGUGAAGAGGUGCCCGGUGCGUGUCCAGCUCUGAAUGUGCGCUUCUGUGCAGUUUGGCUGUGACAAAGUCAUAAACCAAGUCACGCUCUGUCCCAGACUCGCCUCAUCCCUGUCCCAGCUCCAGCCCACAACAGGACAUCAAACCCUGGAGGAGAGGUGUGGAGAGCGAGCACCUCCCCUGUGACGCUCUACCACGGUCCAGUGUGGAGACAGGAAAGGUUUUACACCUCAAUAUGAAGAAAAAACAGCCAGUAAAUGUAGCUAACGGAACACGUCUGUAUACAGAGGCUGCGUUAUACACAAUAACAAAGCGCGUUGCGGGUCAGCUGGUCGGUCCGCGCACGUUAUGUUUUUUCCCGGCUUUUUUCGGGGGCGUUUGAGUUCUGGAUUUUAGUUCGAAAUCUGAAGCAAAAAUUUUUUGUUCGAACUCCGAUUUGUUCGAAUUCCGGGACAUUCAAAAACCGAGGUGCCACUGUAUAUGUAUAUAUCCAUAAGGUCAGCCUCUGACAAAACAGGCAGCUGGUUUCCCCGCAGAUCUCUGACCAGCAGCACGACCGCCUCCACUUCAGCCAUGUUUAUUGACGACGGAGCUGGAGGUGGAAUGAGCGGCACUUUUGACAUGUCAGGAAACCAGAGUGUUUCCAGUUCUGGUGCGGCACUUCCAUUCUGAUGGUGUCUGUGUGACGGUGAGAGCCCUGGUGCUGGAUCCAACACCGCGAGUGACCAAGGUCGAUCCAAGGGAACAGAAGGACCACGGCUGACCCACGUCACACGCACAGAAUGACAACAAGGACUCCUACACAGGUCCAUGUUGCAGCGUCGACCAGAGGUGUCCGGCUGACCCACAAGAGGGUCAGCAACCAAUCAGGCGUCCGCUCCAGCAGAGGACUGACCAGCAGCUGGUGCCACUCUUCAGACGCCUGACUGGUGAGGAGGUGCUUCCUGCCUCUCCACCGUGCGACUGGUCCACAGUCUGCUGCUCUCACCACACCAGCGGAUGAAACAGCUUGGUUCCGUCUCAAAUGUCUUUGGAACGACGGUCAUGAACACAGAUAAUAAAGCAAGAGUGUG